AUGCCCGCUAUGCUAGAUGACCCUACUGCGCCGGUCAUAUAUAGGACUUCCGGCGACGUACCAUAUCCUCCGCCUGGUGGCCCGCUGCCAGUGGGCAUUGCACCAUAUCAAGUAAUCCUGCGCGACCGGGUGACAAGCGCAACGAUAAUCCCCUUCUCUGCGCCGAACCAAGUUCCCCUCACAUUACUGGCAUACCUAUGCGAUCAAUUAGGACGCGAGAUUGAGAAGGGCGAUACCUAUCCCAUGGUUGAGCCGCUGACCCUCGAGGCGUUUGGUCCAUACUGGUUCGGUGUCUUUGGUGCCAUUAUGCUGCUGGGUGAGAUCCAGGAUGGCCGAGAACUGCACGAGAUGGCACGGAGAGGCUGCGACUGGGAGAGGGAAUGUCUGGGUAGUUUCUAUAUCAAGCCCAACUACCCGGGACGGUCGAGCCAUGUCUGCAACGGUGGGUUUCUGGUUACAGAUGCGUCGCGAAACCGAGGUGUUGGUCGCUUGAUGGGCGAGACAUACCUAGACUGGGCACCAAAGCUUGGCUAUACAUACUCCGUCUUCAACCUCGUUUACGAAACCAACGUCGCUUCCUGUCGCAUAUGGGACGCCCUCGGAUUCAAGCGCAUCGGUCGUGUGAAGGGUUGUGGAAACCUCAAGUCAUAUCCUGGCGAGCUGGUCGAUGCCAUCAUAUACGGUCGGGAUCUAGGCCAAGAUGACGAGUUUGUGUCUGAGGAGCGCUUCGACAAGAUUCGCUUCUAUCUCAAGAACGGAAAGUACCCCAACGGUGCUGACCGAGCAGAGAAGAGCCGUCUCCGUAGUGCAGCUACUCAUUACAAGCUUACGCCUGGUGAGGGCGACGAACCCGAGAAGCUGUGGCUGAAGGGUAAGGAGGUUAUUGCAGACCCUAAGCAGCAGUAUGAAAUUGCUCGCGAGAUCCAUCACAAGCACCAUGGGGGCAUCAAUAAGACUACUGCAGCGAUUGCUGAACUCUACCAUUGGGUUCGCAUAAAGGAGACUGUUAGCCAGGUCAUUCGUAACUGUCCAGAGUGCAGCGAGAUGAACAAAGGCCUGUCAGCUAUGCGCCAGGGUCAAAACCAAGCGCGUGCAGAGGCAAGAUCAGGAUCCAGUUUCCUUUCAUCAAGCGCCACGCAGCCGAACCUGACACCUACCCCACCGAGCUUGUUCUCACCAACGCAACCACCGCCUCCGUCAGAUUCUCCGAAUAGCCAGUUACAACUCGAGGCCGCACAGCAGCAGGACACAAUCUAUCCGCAAUACUCUCAAGACAAUGGUUACGACUUGCCUGUUGAUCCCGCACUGAUGCAAGGCAUGCAACCUGCUGCAAACCUAGCUGAUCUCCCGCCAUCACCUUUUCUCGCAGCUCAGGUUUCAAAUCGUGCCGGCCACGCAGGUGAACUUGAUCAUCAACGCAUGAGUCUCGAUCCAGGUUUAGAUGAGCGGGCACCUACUGCAGGGGAGGAGAUGCGAAGAAGAUUGAAUCUUGUGAGUCAAUACAAGUAA